UUAGAUUUUUGACAUGGAGCUUGCGCUAUGGCGGCUCUUUCUUCUCCUUGCCUUAUUCUCGAAUCCCUUCCUCGUCUAUUCUUCUUAUGCAAGUCGUUUCAUUAUUCAAGUCGAGGAGCCGAUUGAGCCGCAGCUAACGGAAGCGAGCCUCAAGAGGUGGCAUCAGUCUUUCUUGCCGUCGGCCGUUGAGGAGUCUGGUGCCGAUCGGCGACUGCUGCACUCCUACAGCGAUGUCUUCAGCGGGUUCGCCGCCAUGCUCACGGAGGAUGAGCUACAGGAGGUGGGGAAGAAGAAGGGCUUCGUGCGUGCGUUCCCCGACCGAGUGCUGCGCGUAAUGACCACCCACACGCCAGAUUUCCUCGGGCUCAAGGUCGGGAUCAAGGGGCUGUAG